GUCAACCUCCCAGGUAUUAUGUCAGUCAUCACACGGGACAGGUCAGCUGACAGCGUGUGUCAUCUUCUCUUAAGGAACUACGGCACCAUCAGAGCAGCGAUUCGAAUUUAGACUCUUGCCUUUAUCCUUCACACCAUGAAUCAUACCAGGAAUUUUUCUGCUAAUUUCUCGAGUGGAAAGCCGGGUAUAACCUGCGUGUACACAGAUGAAGGCUACUGCUACAAAACGUGGGACGAGUUACUGAAAGCCGUCCACGAAUUCCUGGCACUUCGACCCCACGAAUGGGUUUUUAUCUUUAUUUUCAUCACAAUUUUUCUUGUGGGCGCCGUUGGAAAUUUCCUCGUUUGUUACGUUGUUUUGCGCAACAAGAAAAUGCGGACAGUGACCAAUGUGUUCAUCUUCAAUCUGUCCCUCUCUGAUUUCUUGGUGAUUAUUUUCUGUUUGCCAGUUACGGUUGUAGAGGAUGUGGCAGAAACGUGGUUCCUUGGCACAAUUAUGUGCAAGAUUCUUAAAUUUCUCCAGAGAGUAUCUGUUUACGUGUCUGUAAUCACAUUGACCACCAUCAGCAUUGACCGGUGUCGCGCUAUUGCCAGUCCAUUCCGGGCCCGACUCGGUGUUAGAUCCGCCAUUCUGGUGACGUUCUUCAUCUGGGUACUGGCUAUGGGCUCGGCUAGCCCGGAUCUUCUUUUCUACCGAACAGAACCCACCUUUCGACCAGAGAAUGUCACUCUGCUGAUGACUAUGUGCGCUAUGGAACCGGAAAAGUACGAGGGUCAACACUUACCCCUUUUCUGGAUGCCGCUUUUGGGUUUCUUCGCCUUGCCUUUCCUUGUCAUGGCCAUUGCGUACAGUCUGACUGCCAAGAGACUGUGGUACCGAGACGCUUCUCUUCAGAAUGGACAAGGGCACCAUUCCGAUACCCAACUCAACAGCCGAAGAAAUACAGCCAAGAUGUUAAUAGUUGUCGUAAUAUUUUUCUUCAUCUGUUACUUACCCGUCCACGUUUACGACAUUCUACGAUAUUUUAAAAUACAGAAGGACUUGAAUCCACACGUCGCCUUGAGUCUGUCUACGAUGAGCCAUCUGCUGGUGUACAUCAACAGCUCUCUUAAUCCUGUCAUCUAUAUGUUUAUGAGUGGAACUUUCCGGCACGAGUUCAAGGCAGUUCUCCGAGUCUGGUUUUGCUUAAAGAAGAAAAGUCCAUCGCGCUCUUGUGAAAGGUUAGGAUCAAGAACACGUGACACAGUCACUGUAACCGGAUUUACAGGAAAUGGUGUGUCGGUGCGCAAGGACGCCGCUCAACCAUACACUAUGAUCAUGGACGAUAUAUGACUAACCUGGCACCGGUACAGGCCAAGGGCCUCAAUAACAAUGAGGUACUCUCGUACCACAGCCCUCUAUGUACACAAAAAGUAACAGCGUAGAACCUGACCGCUUACUAGAGUAUCGUUCUAGGCUAAUGAUCGGUAACUAGAGACUAACAAACGACUCCAGAAACGUUUACUUUGACGUCGUUUCACUUUUGUUUGCGUUUCCUGGACGUCGCAUUGGCCUUUUGAAACCUCAAAGCAACCCUGGACAGAUGUUAGUGUGAUUCGUUUUGUUCCAGGGCAGUUUCAGAGAAAAACUUCGUGAGCCAGUGAUUUAAAACAGAUGACAUGAAGUUCAGUCUGACAGGCCGCGUCUUUCAAUCGGAAAGUUCUAAGCUCGUGUGAAAUCAGCAUGUUGAUGCUUUGACAUUUAUGACAUUCGCUGAUAAGCUUUGAGCUUUACUGUUAGAUUGAGGCUAUGAUAUAUGGAGCCUGUCCUGUGCCUUCAUGAUGAUGCCAGCCACGCUGGGAAUUGUACUGAGACGUCUGCCAGUUCAGAAGUUGAGGAUUUGUCUUUAUGUUUCCGUUAGUACGACUGUCAUCACAGCUCUCCAAUGUUGCUUUGAAUCUCAUUUGUAAAAAGACCAUCGAGAUGGUUGAUUCGUUCUACUCUCCAUCAUUCGAGGAGUAAAGGAGAUGAAAACUUCAUGCAGAGCGGAGGGGAUAUGAGCACAUUACAACUGCUGUGUGUUUGAUGUUCAAGCUACACACCCUCCGUGUGGUUCAUAUCCAGUUUGAGGAAAGUGUACUUCUAGAUGACAUUCUUUGUUGGACAAAAAGUGCCAUAUUGUCAUUUAAGUAAUGGUUAACCCGGUACAGCUCAUUGAAGGCCAACCUGUAUGUGAUGAACAUAAUGUUUCGCAAACUGGCCUUGUGUUGGUAUCUGAUUCCAGAGCUGCAGAACACAGGUAGUUCCGCUGAUUUGCUCCCCCUGU